AUGACUGGCCAUUCCCCAGCACGCUACGAGGAGCUCAAAGCGGCCGUGACCGCUGCGCGCCUUCAAUUCGACCAGCCCGACGACGCCACCGACGUCCUGGAGGACGUCGAGGAGACACCCGUGCAGAUCCCCUCACGCGACGGACACGGAGACGGAAGCCGCACCAUUGCCGGACGCCUCUACCGCUCCAAAGAGGCUGCUGCUUCCACGGCCUCGGGCGGCCCCACGCCCGUCCUCGUGAACUGGCACGGCAGCGGCUUGGUCUUCCACUGGUUCGGCCAGGACCGCCCCUAUUGCGCCCAGGUCGCUCGCGAAAUCCCGGGCCUCGUCGUUCUGGAUGCCGACUACCGCAAGGCGCCCGAGGACCCCUUCCCCGCCGCCGUGCACGACACCGAGGACGUCCUGCGCUGGGUCGCGAGCCAGCCCGACGUCUACGACGCCAGCCGCGUCGCCCUCUCCGGCUUCAGCGCGGGCGGGCUCCUGGCGCUCUUGCAGAUCCCAGUCGUCGUCGCCGUCUACCCAACUGUGGACCUCUCAGUCCCAGCGGCGGAGAGGAAGCAAGUCGAGACGCCCAUUCAACCCAUCCCGGCGCACAUGGCCGCCCUGUUCGACGAGUGUUGGACGCCGGACCCGGAGACGCGCAAGGAUCCCCGGUGCUCGUCCGGACGCGCCGACCCGGCCCUGUUCCCGGACCACGUCGUCAUCCUCACGUGCGGCGGCGACAACUGCGCGCCCGAGGCGAACGACCUGGCCGCGAAGCUCAAGGACGGGAAGCGCAAGGUCGUCCACGAGGUCAUGGAGGGGAUGCCGCAUGCCUUUGACAAGACGUGCAAGCCCGGCACCCCCGAAUGGGGCCAGAAGGAGAAGAUGAAUGCACUUAUCAUCCAGGAGCUCAAGGAGGCGCUUCGGAUCUAG